UAGCUGGAACUGUUAUUAACCAGUGCCUCUUCUCCUUUCUCCUCUCUGUGCUGCCCCACGAUGGAUUUUGGUGCUUUGCCUUCGUGCUCUGCCCGGCUGCCUCAUCUCUGGCAUCAACAUGACGACAGAGAAGAGCCCAGCGGCGGACGCCGACAGCUCGGGGCAGCAGCAAGCCAAGGAGGAGGAAGGAGCUGCUGAAGCACAAAAGCAAGAGGCUUCCCUCGAGGAAGGGGCUCAGCAGAGGUCGGAGGGGCAGAAGCAAAAGGCCUCCAACGGCGACACACCCACGCACGAGGAGCAGAGCAAGAAGGAGCGACGCACCUCCGAGGGCCGCGGCCUCUCCCGCCUCUUCUCAUCCUUUCUCAGGAGGCCCAAGUCUCAGGUGUCCGAAGAGGACAAAGACACUGAUGCUACUAAAGAGGCAGGAGGUGACCAGAAGGACCCGGGGUUAGGAGCCAGCCCUGAUGAGGACGUCCUGGUGAAAGCCCCAAUUGCAGCUCCUGAGCCUGAGCUGAAAACCGACCCAUCGCUAGAUCUGCAUUCCUUGAGCAGUGCAGAAACACAACCUGCACAGGAGGAGAGAAGGGACGAGCAGGAGCCAGACAGCAGAGAGCUCGGGGGCAAGGAAGGAGGGGAAGCCAAGGAAGAAGGAGCCAAACCAGAGCCAAAACAAGAGACUCCAGAGACCAAAGCUGAGAAGGAUUUGAAAGCUGCCCAGAGAGCAGUAAAAAGACACAGAAACAUGUACUGCAAAGUCGUCUUGCUGGAUGACACCAUUUUUGAGUGCUCUGUGGAUAAACAUGCCAAGGGGCAGGAUCUACUGAAAAAAGUCUGUGACCACCUCAAUCUGCUGGAAGAAGACUACUUUGGGUUGGCCAUAUGGGACACACCAACCUCCAGGACAUGGCUGGAUCCUGCCAAAGAAAUAAAAAAGCAGGUUCAUGGAGGCCCCUGGGAUUUCACCUUCAAUGUCAAGUUCUACCCCCCCGAUCCCGCGCAGCUGACAGAGGACAUAACCAGGUAUUAUUUGUGUCUUCAGCUCAGGCAGGACAUCAUGUCAGGGCGGCUGCCCUGUUCCUUUGCAACUUUGGCUCUUUUGGGAUCAUACACAGUCCAGUCUGAACUGGGAGACUAUGACCCUGAUCUCCACAGCCCAGAUUACAUCAGUGAAUUCAAAUUGGCCCCAAACCAGACAAAAGAGCUGGAGGAGAAGGUGGUGGAGCUUCAUAAAACAUACAGAUCCAUGACUCCAGCCCAAGCAGACCUGGAAUUUCUUGAGAAUGCAAAAAAGCUGUCUAUGUAUGGAGUUGACCUUCACCAAGCCAAGGACUUGGAAGGAGUGGAUAUCACUCUGGGAGUCUGUUCCAGUGGCCUUCUUGUUUACAAAGACAAGCUGAGAAUCAACCGCUUCCCGUGGCCCAAAGUCCUGAAGAUUUCCUACAAGCGCAGCAGCUUCUUCAUCAAGAUUCGUCCAGGGGAGCAAGAACAAUAUGAAAGUACAAUUGGGUUCAAGCUACCAAGUUACCGGGCAGCAAAGAAGCUGUGGAAAGUCUGUGUUGAACAUCACACGUUUUUCAGGCUGACAUCCACCGAGGCCAUCCCAAAGAGCAGGUUCCUGGCCCUGGGCUCCAAGUUCCGCUACAGCGGCCGGACGCAGGCGCAGACCCGGCAGGCGAGCGCCCUGAUCGACCGGCCCGCACCCCAGUUUGAGAGGACGGCCAGUAAGAGAGCCUCCAGGAGCCUGGAUGGAGCUAAACGUGCGACUCAAAAAGUUGAGUUCAGAGCCCUAGAGGAAGAGAAGCAGGAGGUGGAGGUGGUGGUUGAGGUUCCUGAACCAAAACCCGUGGAUCAGAUCCGAGAGAAGCCAGCCAAACACGUUCUUGAAACUUUUGAAAUGAAACCCAUUGCAGAGGAGGAAGAGGAGGAGGAGAAGGUAGAGGUGGUUAAGGUUCCUGUUGCUGAGCCAAAGUUCCUGGAGCCACGGUCAGCCAAACCUGCUCUUGGCAAUGUUGAGAUAAACCCAAUUGAAGAGGAGGAGGAAGAAAAAAUGGUGAUGAGGAGAGGACUAGAGGCGGUCCCACAGGAGCCAGCAGUGGCCGUGAUAACCCCCGAGAAGAGUCCCCGUCCCACCUCUGCCCCAGCCAUCGCUCAGACCCACGUUGCAGAACCAGCCUCAGCUAAAUCCACCCUGAAGGAUGUGGUCAUUGCCUCUAAAGUAGAAAAAGAAACAGUAAAACAUGAUGUGAGGCGUGAAGAAAUCCCACUGGAGAAAGCCAAGGUGGAGGCAGCUGAUGCUUCAAAGGUGAGGAAAACCCACAUUGAGGUCACAGUACCCACCACGAAUGGUGACCAGCCCCAGCAGCAGCCUGCAGAAAAAGAGGAAGAGCUGAUAAGAAUGAGGAAGAAGAGAUCAAAGAGGCUAGAUGGUGAAAACAUUUAUAUCAGGCAUAGCAAUUUAAUGUUGGAGGAUCUCGAUAAGACCCAAGAAGAAAUCAAGAAGCAUCACGCCAGCAUCAGUGAGUUGAAGAAGAACUUCAUGGAAUCCGUCCCGGAGCCUCGGCCGAGUGAAUGGGACAAACGUUUGUCCACUCACUCCCCGUUCCGAACCCUCAACGUCAACGGGCAGAUUCCCACGGGAGCGGAUGGAAAAAUGAGUGACUUUCCCUCCAGAGAGGAUGAUGUGGCUGCAGUGCCAGAGAGGAGCAGUGUUAACUCUGACGUGGCGUGGGAGGGCUCAAAGCAGUCGGUAGCUUUUAGUGGGACCCCAGUGCCACCCACCACCUCCCAGCCUUCUUCUCCCAGCCAUCACUUCGCUGCUUCUUCCCUAAGCAGUGAGGAGGAGGAGGAGGAGGCAGCUCCCAGCCUCCCCACGAGCGUGGAGGACCUGAGCUGCGGAAAGGGGGUUUGUGCGGAUGCGGAGAAGGACUCGGAGCUCUCUGAGCUGGAGCCCCCCGCCAGCCCUGCCACCCCUCCCAGGCAGCUCUGGGGAGGAGAGGAGGAGGAGGAGGAGGUGGCAGAGGAUGGUGAAGACAGAUUUACCUUUAGAAAGCUAAAUGGGGAGUGUCCUGAGCUGGCUGUUCCCGCCGGGCUGUCGACACUCAUCCGCUGCUUCCAGCCACCACUAGUGAAGACCCAGACUGUCACCAUCUCCGACGUGUCCAGUGCUGUCAAGAGCGAGAUUCCCACAAAAGAAGUCCCCAUUGUCCACACAGAGACAAAGACCAUCACCUACGAAGCUGCACAGACAGAUGGUGGCAAUGGAGAUCUAGACCCUGGCAUCCUGCUGACUGCCCAGACCAUCACUUCAGAAACCACCAGCAGCACCACCACCACCCAGAUCACAAAGACUGUGAAGGGUGGCAUUUCAGAGACACGGAUUGAGAAGAGGAUUGUCAUCACAGGAGAUGCAGAUGUAGACCAUGACCAGGUUCUAGCACAGGCAAUAAAGGCAGCCAAGGAGCAGCACCCGGACAUGUCAGUGACCAAAGUGGUUGUGCACCAGGAGACUGAGAUUGCAGAGGAGUAGAGAGCCCAUGUAAGCAGGGAGACCACCUAGGAGUGAGUGGAAGUGUUCCUGCCAGGCACGGUGCCAGGAAGAAGAAACCCAGCAAAACUACCAAGAAACUACCUGGAGCACAAAGACCUCGGAUUACAAGACUUGACACUCAGAGAGACAUUCAUAUCAUUUAUUAGGAGUUGUGCUUUGACAUUUUACUUGGGAUUUUUUUUUUUUUUCCAGAUUCCACUGGAUCCUAUUGGAUAUAGAUUUUUUAUAUAUAUAUAUAUAUAUAGUGACAAAAUUAUGCCAUAUUUCUAACUGUACUGAAUAUUUUUUACAGGGUUUUUUUUUUUUUUUUCAAUUUUGCAUUCCCUCUUCAGCCACAGACCCCAACACACCUCCCAGGGCUCCAAGGGUCACUGUUUAUUAUCUUUUUUUUAUUUAAAUCCUAUUCCCUCCUUCUCAUCAGGGAUAACGGGAGACAAGCCACGUAUUCCCAGCACAGGCAUCCCUUCAAAUCAAGAAGCCCGUGGGUCCUUCUGCCAGGAAGAACCAGUUUGAAAACAAAAAGUCAGACUUAGUUUUGUGCAGCGUUUCUGAUUGAUGAUGAUGAUGAUGAUGAUGAAUAAUUCUAUUUUUAGCUCUAGGAAGCUUGAGACUCCGGCCGCGAUUCCCGGGGCGCGGGGCUGAGCUGCUGCCUUUGCUCCCAGUUCCCUCCCCUACUGGGUUUCAGGCCCCUCCCCGUGUGAGCACAAGUAGGGUUUUGUGGUGUAGCCUGUGCACACAUCUUCCUAGCUGGCUAGAUUAUUAUUAUUAUUAUUAUUUUUUAAGGACUACUGGAAGUUGCUUCAAGUAUCUUAUACUGUGAAUUUUUAGAGCUUUAAGAGGGCUGUGCUAGCACCUCCCCUUCCUCCUGUGUGUCCCUGCUGAGUGCUGCCUGCCCCUCUGUGUUUGCUAGAUGCCAUUAAAUUAAAAAAAAAAAAAAGAAGCCCUUAGAAGCGUGUGUUUAAGGCUUUUUAAAAUUUUUUUUUUGGACUCUGGGUGCUGUUAAAAAUUAGGCUUGUGCAGCAUUCACAGUAGCUGGUUUUGUUUUUUCCUCAGUGUCUUAGUUUUUCACUUGUUUGUGGUCAUGAUUUUUAAAUUAGGGUGUUUGGUUGGUUGUUUUUUUUUAUAUAUAUAUAUAAGUCAUGGGUUGGGGUUUUUUUUGUUUGUUUUCCCCCCUCCCCUCCCCUCACAGUGCUAUUUAAACACAUCCCAGGGCAUAUAUCCUCCUAUGAUUUAAUUUAAAACCUUUUUAGACAAUCCUUCCCAGGCCUGUAAGUUGUCUUUGGAGAGGAUGAAUAAGAAAUCUUAGGUGUCUGGUGUUGCUGGUUGUGGAAGGUGCUGCCACCCCCUCUUCCAGGCUGGCAAAAAGAUCUGUACUUUGGCUUCAUCACCUCCCUGCUGGAAUUAAAUCCCAGGGUUAAUGUUGUUUUUUUUUUCAAAUUUAGACUGAGUUUACAGACCAGUAGGCCCAGCUCCCAGCAUGCUGGGAUGACCAGAAAACAUCAUUUCUGGAGCUGGAGGUGCUUCCCUCUCUGUGGUACCAAGGGCUGAGCUGCCACUGCUGCUCUGAGCUUCAUGGAAAUGUUCCAAGCACACCCUGGUCUCACCUUCCAGCUUGCAAAUUGAAAAAGGAAAAAAGAAAACAAACAAACAAGCUUGGCACAAAGUCAGCCCAGACACUUGUGAUCACCUCAGUACACUCUGAGGUUGGGAUUUCUUACUCUUUUUAUUUUUUUUUUAAAUAGUGAAUAUAUUAGAGUGGCAGGUUGGGAGCUGAGGGCAGGGAGGGCUGAGCUGCUGCUCCUCGCUCGAGGAGGGGAAGGAAAAUGGCAAUAAAAGGAGCUCUUUGCUAGUUGAAAUGGGACAUCCUGUGUUGCAGGAGUCACUGGAUUUAGCUCAGGCUGCAGCCACUGGCUGUUGAGCUGCCACCAGCCUUUGAGCUACACGGGGCCUGGUGGAGCUUUUCCAGCUCAGGUGCAAUCCUGCUCAAGCUGUCAGGAGUGAUUGGAGACCAUGCUGACCAGGCUGGAGCUGCUGGGCUUGGCCUUCCUUGGAGCCUUGCUGGGCAUGGGGGCCUUGGCAGCCUCCAGCCUUCCCGUGCCAGUAGCUCUGGGUGCAGAGGAUGUUCUACACUGGGUACUGAGCAUCCUGCUUCAGGGAUUUAGGGAGUCCUGGGCUCCAGAGCUGGAGGGUAGAGAUGAAGUCUUCCUGUUUAUAUCCGAGCAGCCCUUCCCUUCCUUCUCCUGCAAGGCAGCUCCUGGAGCUGGGCUGUCUCCUCAACUUAGUUGGGUAAUGCUUGCCUUAAACACCCCCCCCCACUGAGCAUCCCUCUGGCCAUGGCCCUUGGCUGGGAAUUGAGGGUUUUUUUGACCACUCAGUCCUUCCUUCUCACCCUGGAGCAGCUCCCUGAAGAAUCCAACGGGCGCGCUGAGUAGUGGGGAAGAGGAUUUCUGAGCUUCUCUAGACAAAGGCAGCCUGAUCCCUGAGGAUUUGGUCCAUAGCACUUCAAGGCAACUUGGCCCUCAGGAGGGUUGAGGGGAAGGUGGUGAGAGGCUGGAGCUUGGCCCUGGGGGGGGGCCUGUUGGGGUGUCCUGAGCACCACGAGUGGGACAGAACCCCCUGAGCAGGGGUUUCCUGGGGUGAGAAACCAGGUUCCUUUCCCAAAGGAUGCCCCCUCCAUGGCUGUGUCCCUUCUUAAGGACCACCAGACAAUGACAUUUAUUGGGUUUUUUUUCCCUGGAUUUCAGGUGGCUGCUGCCACCUUGUUCAUCCUCACACCUCCCUUCCACCUUCUUGUUUCUCCUUGAGUGUUUUCAACAAGAUCUCACCUCAUCUGACCUUUGCCAUCACCCUCUUUUGGGAUCCCCCCCCCCCAAGGGAAUGUCCAGCCCUGCUGACCAACACAUCCUGAGCCCGGGAGCUGGGCAGGAGCAGCAGCAGCCUCCUUGGGAAGAAGAGAAAAGUUAAAGAGCAGAAGAAACUCCUUCCCUCCACCUUCUGCCCCUUCCACCUCCAACAGGUUGUGGGGCUUUUUUUUAUAUAAAUCCUCCUCUCUUUGCCUGCUGUGUUAUUUCUAGGGACAAACCAACUAAGUGAGGUCUAUUUAUAUGAAUGUUCCCAGCUCUUCCCACUCCACAAAUUCACCCAGAGACUGUCUUGAUUGUAUAAUAGACAUUAUAUGGAAGCUAUUUAUAUAUGAAUGAAUGUUUUUAUAGCAAGGAAGGCAAGGAGCUCAUGUUCUCCUCCAUUAAACUGGAAUGGCAGCUCUGGUUGCCAAAUCUCUGACCAACACAGAAGUGUUAGCCAAGGACUGACUGAUUUCUGCUUUUAAUAAACUGGUUUGCUGAUUUUUUUAAAUUUCUUUCCCCCCCCAAUUGUACAAUGACCUUAAGAGGUGGUAGUGUCCCAGCCUUAGAGAUGGAACUUGUAAAAAAUAAAAAAUAAGAAGAAAAAAAAAAGAAUUAAUUUAGUUGAGAAGAUGAAGGAGCUUUGUAAAAUUUUUUAAAGCAAUUGUGAAUUGUCCAGGCUAGUUGUUUCCACCCUUCUUUAUAUAAAAAAAAAACCACCCUAAAAGUAAAAUAGGAACUUUUACAAUUGGAAGAAGCUUUAUAGCUGGACUAGUUAUUUUGGACUUUUGUAGUAAAUCAUAGUAAAUGAAAGGGAAAGUUGCUGUAGCUUUUAGACACCCAAGUGUUCAGUACUGCUUCUUGUAUUGCAUUUUUCAAUAAAUUUUCAAACAAAACUGUC